AUGGUUGAUCAUGCACUAGAGCUGUUUGCCAAGAUGACUGAAAAGGGUGUUCUUGCAAACAUCAUCACUUACAACUCUUUGAUUCAUGGUCUAUGUAACUUUGGUCGAGAGACGGAAGCUACAAAAAUGUUGAUUGAUAUGGAGGAGGAAGGACAAGGAUAUGUAAAAGAUGUAGAGUUUGUUGUACAAGCAAUUGCACGGAGAGGACUACAUCCAAAUGUAAUCACUUAUAAUGCACUAAUUGAUGGAUACUGUUUACGCGGCCAAAUGGAUGAAGCAGAGAAAAUUCUGGAUGGCAUGGUGGAUAAAGAACUUGUGCCCAACAUCAUGACAUAUAACAGCCUGAUAAAUGGAUACCGUAAGAAGAAGAGAAUCCACAAGGCCUGGCGUCUCUUUCAAGAAAUCCAAGACAAGGGUUUGAUUCCUGAUGUUGUUACUUACAGUAGCAUGUUACAAGGUUUGUUUGAAUCUGGGAAUCCUGCAGCUGCUAGAGAACUCUUUAACAAGAUGCAAGUAAAGGGCCAGGUUCCAAAUAUAUGCUCCUAUCGUAUCUUGUUUCAUGGAAUGUGCAAAAACUAUCAGUGUUCUGAUGCAUUGGCUCACUUCUGGUCGUUGGGAAACAAGGAAUCGAUGGAAGAUGUAGGGUUGUAUAAUAUAUUGAUUGAUGGUUGUAGCAAAUGUGGGAACCCUAGCUUGACUAUGGAUCUGUUUGAUUAA